UCGUCCAAGCAUCCUGGCCAUGGCGGUUUCACAACUGCUAGUGGAGUAUCAAGAUAUACACAAAAGGGACUGGUGAAGGAGUGGCAGGAAUAGAAAAAGAGAUGGAUUUAAGGAAUGGACAGCUCUCCUGAGAGCCAGAUGGUCGCGCGAGCGCAAGACAAGAGUAAGAAAAAGAGGGAAGUGAGGAAGUGGAAGACGGGAGGAAUCUGGGUGAAGAAGUUACGGGCAAGCGUCAUGCGCCAACGCAGCCGUCUAACUACUGGGAAACAAGAUGUUCCCGCGAACAGGAGCGCGAAGAGGAAGCGUAACCAUGGUCAUUUUACGGGACCAGGCCUCGACUGGCGACCAAAGACUGUCAGGGACAGAUUGCACGAGAUUACUGUAUACGUAGGGUGGGGAGAAAAGAGAUGUGCUGCAGUAAAAGAAAUGGCGACAAGGCACUAUUGCGCGCUGAUUGGACGAAUGGUAGGUUUGCGACAACGGGUACCCAUGAGAUUUGACGGAAUCCCCGUCUCGGACGGUGAUUUCGAGAGCAAUUACAAUUGCAGCCAGCGAAAGAGCUAAACUGCUACAAGCUGGAGCGUGGCGGCUCUUCCUGCAAAAGA